CCAAGUCAGUGACAGAUUUAACGUUAGCUAGCUACAAUCAUUAGCUAGCUAAUUUAACUAUUAACUGUAGCUAGCUAGUUACUUCGUGAAAUGAUGUAACGUUGACAGAAUCUACCUGAGAAUGUGUGUAUUUUCGUUAGCUUGGUUAAGUUAUGCUUGCUAGCUAUAUCUGCUAGCUACAAAUAAUUGUCAUUCAUGUCUUCUACACAGUAUCUAACAAAGAUACAUUGACAGGGGAGAUCACCGCGAGGGCUGCCUGUCACAGCUCCAUGAGGAAGAGUGAAACGCCGCACAGCAUGCGAGUAGGGAAAGGUUAUAUAGCUACUAGGGACCUUGUUAAACAUCUCCUGUGAGACACUGUCAUCAUGGUCAAAAUGUGUUGGAGACAGUGUCAACGUUUAAUCUUAUCAGUAGAUAGAUAUUUAAGAUGGGUCCCAAUCCCAAUUUGGAAUUGCCCAUUUAACAGAUUAUUUGGUAAAGAUCUGUUGAUGCAUUGUUUGGUAAUUGUGUUACUGAGACAUAAUCUAUUCCUGUAUAGUUAAAUGAGCCCCUAGUCACACAUAUCUUCACAGAUGGUGUUAAAGCACUCCGUACCAGUGAUAGUGGUCCAAAGCCACUGCUCCUGUGUUGCAGGAAGUGCUAUGUGCAAACAUCUGGUGGCCCUUCUUUACCAGACAGCGCACUACUCUCAACAAAACAUUCCUGCUGCACCACCAGUUCACAGCUGCACAGACACAGAACAGCGUUGGCACAAGCCAAGAACACUUGGUGUGAAACCAGGUCCGGUUGAUGGGAUAGAGUUCCGUAAACCUACUAACUCGUGUGCUGAUGGAAUAAGAAGUUCUCUCUACAAAGCACUCAAUGGAUACAUGCCUGACAUGGACCUUCUCCGCGUCUCAGAAACGUAUGCCAACUUUCCUCCACUUACUGCCCCUCUUGUGACAACAAUGGAAAUGUCAGCUGACGUGCCCCUGGUUGAGUCCGCCUUUGGGCCAGUGCAAGCCGGCAGUGUUCUGUCCUAUCAGCUUCCACAGCUAAAGACCCGUGAAAUUGUGAAGAUUGCCGAUGCCCCUUCUCCACCAAUACUUCCAUUAGAUGGCUACAGGAUUCAGUCUUCCCAGUGUGCUUACAUCCUUAGCCAUCAGGAGCAGUUCCACCUCAAGGCGUUAGAGACAACCUACGAGACGUCACACAAAGUCGAGGUUGCUACAAGGGAGCAGAGCAGCAGCCCGGAAUGGCAUCGGCUCAGGAAAACGAGAAUAACAUCCUCUCGUUUCCGAGAGGUUUGCCAUGUCCGGGGAGAGACCUCAGCUGACCACCUAGCGGAUGUUCAAGGGAUCUGGUAUGCAGACCAUGGAGAUGAAGAGGGGGCUAGCCAUGGAGCCAGUGGCUGUACAGGAGUACUGCACACUAAAGAAUGUUAACUUCUUUCCGUGUGGCUUCGUAGUGCACCCAGAUGCUCCGUGGUUAGGAUCCUCUCCAGAUGGAAUCAUAUUUGAUCCCAGUGUGAGACUACACUUUGGACUCUUAGAGGUCAAGUGCCCAAAUGUAGAUACCUGAAGAUACAGAAUGGAGAGCUGAAGUUGAAGAGAUCUCAUGCUUACUACUGGCAGGUACCAGGUCAAAUCCUUCUCACAGGUUGUAGCUGGUGUGACUUUGUUAUCUGUGCACAGGAGGACAUCCUAGUUGAAAUGAUAUAUAAAGAUCUUCAGGUUUCAAAAACUAUAAGGGAGAAGGUUGACCACUUUUAUUUUUACCACUACUUGCAGAAGUGUCUAUCUCGCACCUGAUUGGAUCCCCUGCAUGGGUGCCAAGUUUAGUGGUUUUAUGAAAAAUAAGUAUUGACGUUCUUGUGAAGAAAUCUACAGUAGAAUAGGUUUGUUUAAAAAAAAAUGUAUUUCAGCAAAUGUUCAACAGUUCAGUUAAUCAAUUACACCUCUGUAACAUUGUAUGCAAUCUUGCAUUCUCACUAUUCUGUGUUUACUUGAUUUUUCCCCCACCCUUGUUACUCAUUGCCUAAUUAAAGCCAAUACAAGCUCCACACAAACUGAUAUUCACUACAACACAAAUGAUUGAUACAUGUCGUAGAUAAACACAUUAUUAUUUUGCUGCUAGCAAAUAAACACAUGUUCAUUUACACUGGUUUGCCCCAUGCUCUGACCAAAGGUCCAUUCUACACACCUUUGUGUGUUUGGUGACAGUAAAGUUGUCACGACGUACUGCCACCAACCACCUUUUUCUGAGCUCUACAUCGACCAGGAAACUAUGGAAGCUCACAAUACCAUUACAUUUGGAAGAAACUGAACACAGAGGCACUGAACAAUGUUCAUUAGCACCUCCUUCGACUAAGAUUGAGUGUUCUGAUUGUUAAUGAAUUUCAUCCUCAAAAUUGCAGAAUAUUACUUUAAUUAACACCUCUAUUCUUUAGAAAGUGUCAUGGAAUCUUGAGUGACCACAGAGAGUCAACAGCUCAUUUGGAUUACAUACUGAGAUGGGCACUCUGUCAGUCAGUAAUUUGGUUUGUUUGCCAUGUAAUGCCUUAAACAGACAAACAGUUCCACCAUCAGAUGUCACACUGUAAUGGAAAACUAAGUUAUAUGGUAAUUAUUUGUAUUAUUAACAGUAAAAUAAUUGCUGUAUUUUGAAUGGUACUGUAAUUCCACUCCACAGAAAACAGUACCGUACCCUAUUGUUGGAGCGCCAAAAACCUUUUGACCCCUAGUGGGUGCAUGGUAUUUUAAAUUAGCAUUUUGUCAUUUCCUUUUGGUGUGUUUUGCCAUGUAGUUGCUGCUUGUUUGGAAGCCUUUGUAACGCCUCUAGAAGUGCAAAUAUUUAUUAAUAUGCUGCAAUGUUUGUAAACACUUUACCUAGCAGCCCAACCUGGUCUCACAGCAUUUCUUAUUUUUCUGUACAUAAAUUCUGUACGUAAAUUUGAGACACUCCAUUUAGUAUGAUAUGUUACGUUUUGGUAUAGUUAUAUAACACAGAUGGCUACCAAAAGGCAAAAACGAAAGGAGGGUGUUUGGUCGGGGUGGAAGGAUGGGCGUAUAAUGCCAGCGUCUAGCAUGAUACGAACUCGCAACCUUCAGGUUGCUAGACUUUUGCGUUAUAUGUUUGAGCUAUUUUCAAAUCUCAUCACGGACAACUUUAUAAUUUUUUUGCUAAUUAGCAACUAUUUAAUACUUUUUAGCUACUUUGCAACUAUACUGAACAAAAAUAUAAACGCAACAUGUAAAGUGUUGGUCCCAUG